AUGUCGGCCUAUGCAAAAACUUGUCGAUACUUCAUCAAUAUUCUUUCCAUAAUUCUCGUACUUACAUACCUUAUCUGGACUCCCAUCUACAUCUUCCACCCAACAACAACAAAUGCCAUAGCCGCAGUACACGUCCAUGUUCCUCCCAUGUCUCCUGAAAUCUAUACUCGUUUCCAUAAUGCAACAUACGCCAGUAUAAUCAUCUACAAUAACAAAACUUCACCUCAUCUUAUCCCAGAAUUACACACUUUAAACCUCUCCUCAAACUCAAUCCCAGGGUUUGAUCUUUACUACAACUUUCGGUUUUUUUCUACUUGUCUUAAUACAAACAUAAAACCACAACAACGUCCGGAAUCUGCUUCAAUUAUCCAGCUCAUCCUCACUGCAGGACUUGAUCCACACUCAGCUGAAUCUGUCAUAUCAACUCUCCAACUAUCUUACAAAUCUUAUGACUACUCCCAUGAUAUACUACUCCAAUCACUUCAUACCGCUCCAGCUGAAGCCCUCCUCAUGCCUUUGGUAUUAUACUUAUGUGUUGUCACUGUGUUAGUUGUUCACCAGCUCACGUUCCCAUCAACCAGCCAAUUUCUUGGCACACAAAAUCACAAUCACCAUCACAAUUCAGAUACAUCUGUCAUGGGUUCUCGAGAAAUAGGAGUUGAAUCACGAUCUCAUGCAUUCCGACGUGUUAUACUUGUAGCCCUGCACACGCGAGGUCAUAGCCAUCAAUGA